AUGGCGAUCUUCCUGCCGUGGCUGCACCAAGUCCGCGCGGUCGCCACGUUUGCGCACGCCGUGUCGACGUCGACAGACCCAGGCGCCAACUACUUGAUCCAGCACAGCACCGGCUCGGGCAAGUCGGUCACGCUGGCGUGCUUGGCGUAUCAGCUCCUCUACACCUCGGAUGCGUCGGGUCAUGGGUUUCACACCAUCAUUAUCCUCGUCGAUCGCAUCAAGCUCGAUCAGCAGCUUGGCGACACGGUCGAGGCCUUCAUGCACCAAAAUGGCAUGGAAGUCAUCUACCGCGCCGAGAGCAUCGAGCACCUCAGCGCGUUUGUGCGCAAGUCGGACGACCAAAAGGUCAUUGUGAUCACAACCCACAAGCUCAGCCAGCUCGUCAACGACAAGGUGCUUCUGGCGCGGCUCUUGCAUGCAUCAACCGCAGGCAGCAGCGCCACGUACAAGCACCUCGCGAUCCUCGCCGACGAGGCCCACCGGUCGCACACCUCGUCGACGCGCGUCUCGAUCGACACGGUCUUCCAAACACUCUCCACCGAUGCGUGCAAGACCAUGUAUGUGGGCUUUUCGGCGACACCGAGUGUCCAGGCGCUCGAGCUCUUUGGCUGUGGGGUGGACCCGCGUGCGCCGCUCGACACGCACUCGCUCUCGGUCGCGAUCGCCCACAAGCACAUUGUGGACGUGCUGUCGCAGACGACGUUUCUGCAAAGCCGACUUAGGUCGCCGUCGAUCCUCGCCAAAGUCAAGUCGAUGAUGCAGCACUUUGUUCGGCUCAAGACCAAGGCCGUCUUUGGCAAGUGUCUGGUGGUCGUGCGCAGCCGCAAGGACGUGGUCGCGUACCACGCUGCGAUCCAGUCGUACAUGACGGCGCAGGGAUGGCCGACCCAAGUCUAUAGUACCUUCAGUGCAUUUGACGGCCUCAGCGAGAAGCAGCUCAACACAACGUGCACCCUCUCGCUGGCCGACGUCAUUGUCGUCUGCGACAAGCUCGACACGGGCUACAACGAGCCGGCAUUGAUCGCCAUGUACAUUGACCGCCCGCUCUCGCGCCAUGCACAUAUUGUGCAGCUGCUCAGCCGUUUGAACCGUGCGCGCGACGGAAAGGAUCGCGUCCACGUCGUCGACUAUUGCAACCAUUCGCUGACGGUAUUUUAUCAUCUUUUGUUCAACAUGUAG